AUGGAAAAUAUUAAAGAUCAAUAUGAUGAUAUACCAUAGUCAAGAUUACAAUAAAAAUUCUCCUCUUCAAACAAAUCAUAUAGUGUACCAAAGAAAUAUGAUAAACUAAUUCAUAAAACUACUUAAAUUCCAAGAAUAUCAAUUCAGCGAUUAAUUGAAAAAAUGGAUUAAGACAAUGAUGGAUGGAUUAAAAAGGAUGAUAUAUUAGUUUUUAGCAAAAAGCAUUAUUUAUUUUUUGAAGAUGAAGUAAAUUUCUUUUUAUUUUAAGUUAGCCCAAGCCAUGAUUGAUGAAGCAAUUAGUAAAAGAAUAGUAGCAUUUAAAGAAUAACUAAAAGAACCAAUUAAUAUAGAUGAAAUAUUAGGAGCUGGUAUUAUUAUUUGAAUAUCAAAUAGUUUAACUUCAUUAUGUUAUAAAUUAAGAUCAUAUAUGGGUUGAAAAAUCAAGGCCUUUUAGAGAUCAUUGGAUUUAAUUGUUAUUAGCAGCAGGUGAGAAAUUACCAACAAAUCAUGAUCUGCCACCUGUUAAAAUUAGUAAAGUUCAUGACAUGCAUGAAAUGGAACCAUUUCCUUUUAAACCUAAAUUGAAUUCAUCAUAAUCACAAAUUAUUCAUACCUCUGAAUUAUAAGAACCAAGAUAGUUUCCUGAACAAUAACCAGAAGCAGGAAUUCUACUUUAAGAAACAAUAAUGAUUAAACCAAUUAAUAAUGGAAUCAUCAAAGAGCAAAGUACUGAUUAUCCAUUUGAAAAAGUAGUUAAUUCUAAAUUGUAUUAUCAUUUAAUUAUUCAAUAGCAAUAAUAAUGAUUAAUAAUAUCCUACACUUAAAUUUGAAACAUAAGCUUAUUAUAAUGAAGCAGAACGUUUAAGUAAAGAACCCAAACUAUGUAAAUCUAGUAGAAAUCCUAUAUUUAAAUUUAUGCCAGAAAAUUUAAAUUAUAAAGUAGACAAAAUGAAUUCACAAAAACAAUUUCAAGAUUACAAUUAAACAUAAUAAUUAGGUUAAACUGCUACUAAAUAUCUUUCAUAACCUGUUUUAUUGAAGAAACCUUAUCAUGGAUUAUCUGAAACAGGCUUUUAAACAUCUGAUUAAAAGUAUUUUCAACCAAAAUAAACCAAAAAAUAACAUAAUGAAGAUUAAGAUCCAGAUAAGCCUAUAUUUUAUGCUACCUUUAAACCUGAAGAUGUUCAAACAUUAAAAAAUAAAUUGGCUAAUUUAAAAUAGAGAGAAAAAGAGAAAUUAUAAGAUUUCUAUAAUCCUCCCUCAACUCAUAAAUUUAGAGAUGAAGUAUUAGAUAAGAAGAAAGCCUUAUUUAAAGUAGUUUAAUUCAUAAAUAUAGACAAGAAUUAAACCUGACCCAUUAACUAAUCCACAUAUGAUGUCUGAGCAUGAUUAAAGACCAUAAUUUGCUAUAGAAGAAGAUGAGAAGAAACAAAUGAAAGAAGAACAAAAACAAUAAGAUUAUAUUGAUGAUUGUAUGGGCACUCAUAAAUAAACCAAAUAAUGGAUUAAAUAUUUUCCAACUGCAGAUUUAAAUCAUAAUUUUGUUGAUCAUAGAAGACCUAACUUUAUAGAUAAGGGGAACUACUAGGAACCAGGCUUAAUUCUAUUUUAAGUUUUAAGGGAAGGGGCCAGUGCUAAAGUAUUUUGUUUAAAUAUAAUUAUAAGGAUGAUUUUCAAUUAUUUCAUAGAUAACUAAGAACUAAUGAUAAGCAUUUAUACUUAGGAAUAUAGAUGGAUCCAAAUUAAUAAUGA